AGAGUGUACUAACUUGUAAAACACUGGCUGUUUGGGGAACAGGUAGUAACUAAUUUUUGGUUUGAUGUGUCUAGUUUUGAAUUUAAUCCUGUUGUGCUUCUUGUGACUUUUAGUUUCCUAGGCUCUGUGUGGCUUUGUUAGCUGGGAGAGUUGCAAUAUGAUAAAUAAGAAGUGUCAGUCGACUAAGUGAUGUGACAAGUUUGUAUUUAAUCAGUUUUGCAUUCUUAAAACCAGCUCUUUGAGUUUUACGUGCUGGUUAACUAUUCUGAGGUAAGGGAGAAAAUACUGUGUACAUUUGUCUAUUUGUCCUUUAUCUACCUGCCUCACCCUUUCCCUCUAUUAUGCUCUCUGCACAAAGCUUUUUCUGCCUUCCCCAUCCAGAGUUUCAGAUUGCAGCAACAGUGUUGGUGGAUGUUUUGGUGUGAACUUGUUGCUUGGAUUUACUUCUUUUACUUCAGCAGAUUGACCACUUGUGUGGCCACUGUUGUUUUUUUUUUUUUUUUUUUUUUUUUUUUUUACAAAUAUUGGUUUAUUUUAACCAGUCUCUCAUGGCCUCAAGCAGGUCAUGACUGGGUUUAACCAAGUAAGUUGGGAUUAGAAUAGGUGUGGCAUUUAAUAAUUAACUUUCUGGUUACUCAGGUCCAGUAGGAAACCUAUAAUGAGUCUGUUUUCAUUUUGUUUACAGGAAUAGUUAUCUGCUUAGUCUCAUCCUUCAUAUUUGGCAAUCUGAAGAAAAGGUCUGAGCCAGCAUGAAGACAGAAUCCCCUCUUCAUUAGAGAAAAACUCCUUUGCUGGCACUGGGUACUGAUGGUGUGUUCUGACUCCUCAGCUUUCUGCCCGCCGCAGUUCAUUUCAAGGAGUGCACGAUGACAGAGCGUGGAAUUAAAUGGGCCUGUGAGUAUUGUACAUAUGAGAAUUGGCCUUCUGCAAUCAAGUGCACCAUGUGUCGUGCCCAGAGACCCAGUGGAACAAUUAUAACAGAAGAUCCUUUCAAAAGUGGUUCCAGUGAUAUCGGGAGGGACUGGGAUCCUACGAGUACUGAAGGAGGGAGCAGUCCUUUGAUAUGCCCGGAUUCCAGUGCAAGACCAAGGGUUAAAUCAUCCUACAGUAUGGAAAGUGCAAAUAAAUGGUCGUGCCACAUGUGCACGUACUUGAACUGGCCAAGAGCUAUAAGGUGUACCCAGUGCUUGUCUCAGCGCAGGACCAGGAGUCCCACGGAGUCCCCUCAGUCUUCGGGCUCUGGGUCCAGACCUGUCCCUUUUUCUGUGGAUCCGUGUGAGGAAUACAAUGACAGAAAUAAACUCAACACAAGGGCUCAGCACUGGACUUGUUCUGUUUGUACAUAUGAAAACUGGGCCAAGGCCAGGAAAUGUGUUGUAUGUGACCACCCCAGACCCAACAACAUUGAAGCAAUAGAACUGGCAGACACAGAAGAGGCUUCUUCCAUCAUAAAUGAGCAAGACAGGGCUCGGUGGAGAGGCAGCUGUAGUAGUGGUAAUAGCCAAAGAAGAUCUCCACCAACAACCAAACGUGAAUCUGAUGUGAAAAUGGACUUCCAAAGAAUUGAAUUGGCUGGAGCUGUUGGCAGCAAGGAGGAGCUUGAAGUUGACUUCAAAAAACUAAAGCAAAUAAAAAAUAGAAUGAAAAAGACUGACUGGCUUUUCCUAAAUGCUUGUGUGGGAGUUGUGGAAGGUGAUUUAGCUGCCGUGGAAGCCUACAAGUCAUCCGGAGGGGACAUUGCCCGGCAGCUGACGGCGGACGAGGUGCGGUUGCUGAACCGCCCGUCUGCCUUCGACGUGGGCUACACCCUGGUGCACCUGGCCAUCCGCUUCCAGAGGCAGGACAUGCUGGCCAUCCUCCUCACUGAGGUGUCCCAACAUGCAGCCAAGUGCAUUCCUGCCAUGGUGUGUCCAGAGGUGACGGAACAAAUCCGCCGUGAAAUUGCUGCAUCUCUUCAUCAGCGAAAGGGAGACUUUGCUUGCUAUUUUCUGACUGACCUUGUGACGUUUACGUUACCUGCAGAUAUUGAAGAUUUACCGCCCACAGUCCAGGAAAAAUUAUUUGAUGAAGUACUUGACAGAGAUGUUCAGAAAGAGCUGGAAGAGGAGUCUCCCAUCAUUAACUGGUCCCUGGAGCUGGGGACACGCCUGGACAGCAGGCUGUACGCACUUUGGAACCGCACUGCCGGGGACUGCCUGCUCGACUCCGUGCUCCAGGCAACCUGGGGCAUCUACGACAAGGACUCCGUGCUGCGCAAGGCUCUGCACGACAGUUUACACGACUGCUCCCACUGGUUCUACACACGCUGGAAAGAGUGGGAAUCGUGGUAUUCCCAAAGCUUUGGUUUACAUUUUUCCUUGCGAGAGGAACAGUGGCAGGAAGAUUGGGCAUUCAUUCUCUCUCUUGCAAGCCAGCCUGGAGCGAGUUUGGAGCAGACACACAUUUUUGUACUUGCACAUAUUCUUAGAAGACCAAUUAUAGUUUAUGGAGUAAAAUAUUACAAGAGUUUUCGGGGAGAAACGUUAGGAUAUACCCGCUUCCAAGGUGUGUACUUGCCUUUGUUAUGGGAACAGAGUUUUUGUUGGAAGAGUCCCAUAGCUCUGGGCUACACGAGGGGCCAUUUCUCCGCCCUGGUUGCCAUGGAGAACGAUGGCUAUGGCAAUCGAGGCGCUGGUGCUAAUUUGAACACUGACGAUGAUGUUACUGUUACUUUUCUACCCUUGGUGGACAGCGAGAGGAAAUUAUUGCACAUUCACUUCCUUUCUGCUCAAGAGAUAGGCAACGAGGAGCAGCAGGAGAAGCUGCUGCGGGAGUGGCUGGACUGCUGCGUGACAGAGGGAGGGGUUCUGGUGGCCAUGCAGAAGAGCUCCCGCCGGCGCAACCACCCGCUGGUCACCCAGAUGGUGGAGAAGUGGCUCGACCGCUACCGGCAGAUCCGGCCCUGCACGUCCCUGUCCGACGGCGAGGAGGACGAGGACGACGACGACGAGUGAGGGGGAAUAAAGUGCGAAUGAGCAGCGCAGAGCGCGUGACCCCGAGUGAGCGUCGUGCUGUAGCAGUCGGGUGUGCAACGACCCGUGUUCUAGGGGAUACAUGCUGGGAAGGAUUCUCCGACAGCACGGGGAGAGGAUGGGUGCUCAUCCUGCUGCCUGGAGAGAGCCAAAUGGGCUGGACUACAGUUUGUAUAAAAACACGAAAAAAGAAACAAAAAACAGCUAAUUUUAUUAUCAAGAUGGAAAAAGAAAACAACAAAACCAACAAACCAAACCAACCCCAUUUUUCUUUUUGACUGUAAAUCUGUCUAUAAAUGUACCGCAUGUGGUUGUGUUAAGAGGUUGUGUAAUAGGAAACGUAUACCAGCAUCUUAAUUAUUGCAGAGAAAUUUUUCAACUAAGGGCACUUCUGAAAGCACAUGUGAGCUGGAUGGAUAUCUCCUCCCUCUGAGAUUCUUUUACAGUAGAACCUGGUCUUCUCCAUCACCUUUUAGAUACUCUGACAUUUCCUUCAAAGGCCCUUUGCUGUGAAACCUCACUAGUGCCCAGGUCAGAUUGUGAGAGGUUUUUUUUUUUGUUUGCACAGAUAUCCACAGCAAGUCAUAAGCAAAAAUAUAUUCAUUCUUUUACUAAUAUUUUAGUUAUUGCUGUGCCCACAUAAUAAAGCCUAAACUCUAUGGAACAAACUGGAAGAGAAGCUAAAUUUUCAUUGAGUGAAAUAAUUUGUUUCCUGAAAAAGCUUUUUGGGGUUUUUUUUACCUUUUUUUUCCUUCUAAUAGUUAAUAGAUUCCUUUCAGUAUACAUAAGUAUAUUUAUUCAGAGAAGUGACCUAAAAGAUAGGGAUUUUAUUCCUUUGAGCAUACACUAAACAAAAUUGUGUGAAAUCUGAGAACUUGAACACAAUUGAGAAUUUAAUCUUGUCAAAACUCCAUCUUGCUGUGUUAUAAUUUUAUCAUUUAUUCUUUGAUCACUCAAACUUUGCUGCAAAUGAAAAAACACCUUUUUAAAGGUUACUCCUCGGUCACUAAAUCUAGUGAGAAUCCACUUGGCAGUUCUAAUUAAAAAGAAGAAUCUAUGCUCAAGUUGUUUAAAAGCACUGUUCUAUAUUUCUCAGUAUGUAAACCUGGGAAUUUCUUGCAUGUUGAUUGAUGUGGCCAUACUUAAACUUAUGUAAGUUCCUAAGACUGUAAGUUCAGAGUAUAUUCUCCAGUAGAAAUUUUAUUAUAUUUGAUAACUUUAGCCAUGUAACCUGUAAUGGAUAAAGUUUAUCUAAAAAUCUCAUUGAAACACUAAAGGUUAAUGCCAGUUUUUACAUAUACAGUGCAAUUCAGGUUGUCUUGAAAAGCACUUUUGAUUGUGUGGUGGUUGAAUAAGAAAUUUUGCAGUAGAUGAAAUUGUUUUAAUUAGAAUUUGGAAAGACGCCCCAUAGCACCUAUUUUUAUGUAGUUCAGAGCUAUGGAAACCCUGAGGAACUUGCUGCUUUUUCUUCCAAAUGCUGCUUAGAUGGUGUUGAAACGUGCACAACUCCUACAGAAACUUGGUGACGACACCGAAAGUAAAGAAUUAAUGAAGUACUGUAUUAAUUCUGCAAUUUUCCUGUCCUAGAUUCCACUGAGGUUUAUUAUAUCUUCACCUUUUUUGGCCAUUAGAUUUCCUCUGCUUGGUGCAUGCCCAGAUUUCCAGGUGAAGGAUGAAUGCUGCUCUGCCAUGUGUGAGUGACCCAAAUUCACCAACCCCAGAUAUUACAGGGGUUCCUCAUGAGCGCACGAUCCUGGUCCAAGUUCCCUUUCUCAAUUGGGAUUUUUUUUUUUUUUUUCUUGUCCUUACCUUGCAGUGAAAUCCUUUUAUACCUUGUCUAGCUGAGGAUGUAAAGCUUUUCUGUCAGGGGAGCUGAAUGCAGGGUGAGCUGGGAUGAGGAUUUCCAUGCCCUGAGCUGCUCUGUGCUGGAGUGGUUUAUGUGUUGUGCUGUGACCGUGGGGGUCCAAACUCAGCCAGACCUGUAAGUUCAGAUCCCAGCCUGCCCCUGACCAGCUGCCCUGUGGACAGAAGGACAAGCCCCUGAGUCCUUGGGCUGCUUCAAGUCCAUGGGCAGCCUGCAUUGUGGCCCUGUCCCCCAGGCCUUCCCAGAGCAGGGGAGUCCCCAUGGCCAGUUCAGCUGUUCUAAAACGCAUGCACCAAUGAGUUUCUCACUCUGCUCUGACAAGACAGUCCUGGUACUUCGGAUGACUUGGCUUCCUUGAUCAUUAUUGCUUUGUUCUGAUAUGCUGUACAAUGUUCUGUUCAGGUUCACAUGCUUCACAGGCCCUUUUGGAACUGGUGAAGUGUCUUUUCCAGAAUCAGAGUAAUCCAAACCUCCUGUACCUGUAGAUUAAAGAACUGCAACCCCUGGCUUCAUGCUCGCACUGCAAUCAGUGUAUGUCAGUGGCUCCUCAAUCACACACCUGAAAGUUUACAGACACUGAGACUAAUCUG